AUGGAGUAUGACCUGUUAUCACAGGAAUCUAAAGGUGGAUUCGAUUUGGAGAACGUUUGGAACUUUAUAAUGCAGAAGGUAUUGUAUCAAAUGACAAAGCCCUCAACCCAGGAUGAUGGCUCGUAUUCGAAAUACUUGGUACAGACUGCUGAUUUCAACGAUGAAGAUAUACCAGAGAGAUGGCAAGACUGUGAGUACAUCGUCAUAUAUGAACAUAGACUCCUCAAUGAAAACCAGGUUCGUGGGUUGAUUCUCGCAAGUUAUGAUGAUGAAGAGGAUAAAUUUGCAGAAUUCCACGAAUGGUUUGCCAAAGUUGUUAUACGUGAUUCCAGACUUCACCUCAGCUAUAGUGAAUACCUUGGUAAAGUUGAUAUGGAUUUGGCAGUUGCAACCACAGUGGCUGAUUUCUUUAAAGAGAAUCUGCUCAAUACCACAGAACAGGAUGAAUGGGGUGAUAAAGGACGUGAUCACUUUAUAGGGAAGUUGUCGUACUUCACUAAAAGAAACAAGACAAUUGAAGCUGUGUUGCCUGCUUUCCCGUGUAAAAGUUCCAACUUGAACAAGGUGGCCGGGACAAUUCCAGAUCUGGGUGAAGAGAUGGCUAUCACAAGACUGAUAUCCUUCAACAGGGCCAUCAAGUCUGUUUACAAGCCUGGAAUGAAAUUGUGGAUUGUCAGUGAUGGACAUGUCUUUAGCGACUGUAUUGGUGUUGACGAUGAUGUUGUGGACAAUUACACCAUCCAAUUGAGGGAUUUAUAUGAGAAGGUUGCAUCAAAACUCGGCGUGCUUGAUGAAAACCUCAUUGGAUUUGUCUCUUUGAAAGAUAUUUUCUUCCAUAAAGGACUGCCAUCGACGCCAGCACUGGUUGAAGAGGUUGAGCUUUGUCAUUAUACUGGUACAAAGAUUUGCGACGAGUCUGAACUGUCACGUAAGAUACUCAUGGCUUCGUGUGAUACAGAUGCUGGCAAGCUUAGAAGGGACGUUGAACAGGAAGACCACCCAAGACUUCACCUUUAUCGAGGUUUCACCAGAUUUAUGUGUGAGGACCUGCAAUUCAAUCCAGUGUGCAAGGCUCUUUCUAAAAGAGCAUUCAAGAAGACUGUGUCUCGUGUUGCAUUUGAGAUGAUUAAGAGAAACGAUGCCUAUUCCAAUUUGGUUGAGCUUAUGUUUCCGCAUCAUAUGCGUCUUUCAAUCCACGCCCAUAACAAUGGUGGUCCAAAGUUUGGUAUCAAGAUCAUUGAUCCAUUGGAGUGCAGGGUGAUUAAAUGCUUCAACAGUUCUGAGACACCAGAUUUUGAGGAUUUGCUCCACAUUCCAACACCAUGGCAUAAUUGUAUUGUUCAAGUGGACAACAAUGAUGUUUGCUAUAUGACAAAGUCUAAAGUUGUCUUUGAAGCCUUGGAGGCUGGCCAUUACAAUGGAGAGUGGGUCAGAAACGGUGAUGGAAGUGGCUACUUCCAUUUGAAGAAAAUGUAA